AUGUCGAAUCUCCUCGCCAUCGACCUAAGCAACAAUAUACUCUCCGACACGAUUCCCGCGUCGCUCGGCGACUUACAACAACUUAAGUUCCUCGAGCUGAACAAUAACCAGCUCUCGGGCGAGAUUCCCGCAUCGAUUGGCAACUUAAAGCGUCUCAAGUCCAUCUCGCUGGCUCAUAAUCAGCUACAAGGGCGCGUUCCGAAGGGACUUAAUUACCUCCGCGAUAGCCCCGCCAAGUAUAAUUUCUCCGAGAACGGUUAUGGGUUCUGCGGCACGGGCUUUAAGGGGCUCGACACCUGUCCUGGCGACCCUCCAUAUGUCUCUAAGAAGUCCCCGCCUAAGGUGAAACCGCCUGUCAAACCGCCCGUCGUCAAACCGCCGGUCGUUAAGCCGCCGGUUGUGAAACCGCCGGUCGUUAAACCACCCGUCGUUAAAUCGCCUCCUAAGGUUACCCCACCAGUCGUCAAGCCCCCGCCAAAAUCACCGAAACCCUCACCGGAAAAACCCCUCCCAUCGCCUUCCAAGAGCCCCAAACCUUCCCCCUCCGCGCCUUCCGCCUCCCCGAGUAACCCCCCGCCAACUACCUCCCCUUCCCCCUCUCCCGCCAAGCCAUCUCCCCCGCCGUCCUCCCCCGCGCCUUCCGCCAACGCCCCGCCGUCGUCUCCGCCGCCCGCGGACGAUCCCCAGCCCGUGCAGCCGCUCGUUCCGCUUUCCCCGCCCCCCGGUUCCGCCACCCCCUCCGCCUCCGCGCCAGCAGACACGCUAUCCAGCGCUAGUGGUUACCACUCGGGUUACCACACGGUCGACGUGCCGCCUGUAACGGUCGUGGAGCUCCCUCCCGAGCCUGCCGUUCGCUCGGUUCGGGAACCCGAGGCUGCAGCCUCGGCAGUGAGCGCCACAGGUGCGGCAGCCGGAGCUGCGAUCGCAGGCGCGGGAAGCAAGAGCAAGGGCAGGUCAGGCAAAUCUCACUCCCCCUCUCCCAAGAAGGACGGCUCCCGGAGCAAUCCGAAUGCGGAUAAGGAGAGCGUCGGAUCGUCGCCACGCGGCGACCAGCACGAUCCAACGGCUGUUGGCGGCGCGCUAGGCUCCCGUUCGAUUGGAGGCAGCGGCAGAAGCGGCAGCGACCGCAAGACAGGCGCUGCUGCUGCUGCUAUUGGAGCAGGUGCUGCUGCCGCUGCUGCUACUGGCUCGGGAAGGAGCCCCCAGACCUCUCCACACAAGACUCGGCCGGAGAGUCCCCGAACCAGGAAGUCAGGCUCGGGAUCCGCCGAGCCAGCGGCUCGGGACGGAGGGAGGAAGGAGCGCAAGGAGCAUACCCCGCCGAAGACGGAGAGGGGGGGUGGUAACCAGUCGGGUAGGAGCCCUGAGACGAGCCCGUCACCUAAGAGACAUAAGGACGGGUCCAGCAGGAGACUGAGUAACGACGGUGGCAAUGCUGCUGCUGCUGCUGGUGCGCCGGUGUUCGAAGCUUCUCCGCCCGCCAUCCCCCCGUCCGUUCCGCGCAACCGCGACAGCACCCCCCCGCGCAUGCCCUCGUGGUCGCGCACGGGGAACCGCAACUCCCCCUCUCCCAACGGGGGUAACCACCGAUCCUCCUCCCCGAACCGAAGCUACCACGGCACGCCGCCCAAACCUGCCGAGCCUGUGCCGAUCCUCCGGGAGGAGGGGAUCCCUACAGUGGUGGAAAUCCCGGUGGAUUCUGACGAGAAUCAAAUCAGACCUGGCGGAUCGAGCCGCCCGGUGCUCAUCCCUCCUGCGGUUCCCAUCCCUCAGCUGAAAUCCAUGCCGGCGGGAGCCGCGUCGCGGAAGAAGGGGGGGAGGAAUGGGGGCGGAGCGGGGGAGGAUGACGUGUCACCCGCUCCGCCGCCGAACAACAUGCGGCGGAGUGGGUCCGGGGACGAGAGGGGGGAAGGUCGGGCGGAUGGGGGAGGUUCUGGCGCGGGGAUGGGGGUUGGCGCAACUGCUGUGACUCCAAAGUAUGGCGCGGCGGGGCGGGCGCUAAGGGUAGCGGAUUUGGAGGAGGCGGGGGGAGAGGCGGAGGGGGAGGGGGAGGAUGACGUGGUGGGGGAGCUGCGGAGCAGCAGUCGGAAGGGCGGGUACGGGGGCGGGAGGGGAAUGGGCGGAGGGGGAGGCGGGAUGGGGGGAAGAGGCGGAGUUUGGGCUCCCCCUUCAGGAGGAUCCGGAGGGGGUGCUGACGGGGCACCUGAGGCGUCAGAUGACGUGGCAGGGGAGGGUGCCAGCCUGGAGCGGUUCUUCACGGUUGCUGAGCUGUCAUUGGCCACCAAUGACUUUGGCAGGCAGUCCCAGAGAAAUGUUUUGGGUACGGGCAGAGACGGCUCGGUGUACAAGGCUCGGCUGCCUGAUGGGACGACGGUGGCAGUGAAGCGUCUUACCCAAAGAAACCUGGACCAAUCAGCACGCGAAUUCAGAUUCGAAGUCGAGUCUCUCGCCCACGCUCGGCAUCCGAACCUGGUGGCGCUGCUGGGGUGCUGCGCGGAGGAGGACGAGCGAAUGCUGGUGUACGAGUUUGUCCCCAACGGCUCUCUGGACUCGUGGCUGCAUCAGAACAGCAACAUGGAGCCCAUUGAUUGGCCCAUGCGCAUGCACAUCGCCAUUGGCUGCGCGAGAGGUCUCUCCCACCUGCACGAGGGGCUGGACAUGAAGGUGGUUCACAGGGACGUGAAGGCCAGCAACGUGCUGCUGGACGCGCAGUGGAACCCCAAGCUGGGCGACUUCGCCAUUGCUAAGGUCAUGGGCCGCGACCAGAGCCACGCCACCACCCGCGUUGUUGGGACCUUCGGAUAUGUGGCCCCGGAGUACAUGAACACGGGUCUGCUGACGGAACGAAGCGACGUGUACAGCUUUGGCGUGCUGCUCCUUGAGAUCAUCUCCGGAAGAAAGCCGAUUGACAAUGGAGCUCCUCCUGACGAGAUGGAUCUGGUGACAUGGGCCAAGAAGCUGAGCUCGCAGGAGCGGCUUGUCGAGAUUGUGGACCCGCGCCUACAAGGCAUGAUCUCUCCUGACGAUGCGGAGUAUGUCCUCGGGAUUGCCAUGCGUUGCGUGGAGACCAACGCACUUAAGCGGCCUCGUAUGACCCAGAUCGUCCACAUGCUGGAAAGUGAAGAUCCAAAACAGGUAAGGGGUUUUAUGACGGCAAUUCAUCCCAUACCCGUUCAGUUCAGCUAA